GACACACCAAAGAAGAGAAGAACGCAGAGACAAACCGACAGGACUUACCUCCUUCUCUAAGGGCGACCGCGAGAGGCAGCGAGCGCCCGGCCGUGUCUCGGCUUCCUCGCUCCCGAAAUGGGCUCCUUUUCGGCGUCCCAAGAUUCUUCCUUUUCGAUUGAGGAGGCUGAGGGCGUCGGGGCGCCUCCUUGGCCACGCCCACCACGCCCUCGAGGGGGGCGAGGGUGAGGUGGUGGGCGCGCAGGGGAGGAAGGAGGGCGAGAGCCAGCCGCUCCACAUGAUGGCCAUGCGGAGGGACAGAAGGUGAUCAAAGCGAUCGAGGAAACGAAAAAAAAAAGGCAAAACACACAAAAAUAUACUAUAAAAAAAACACCAAAACAAACACGAAAAACUAAAUAAAAAAAUGGAAAACAAUUUAAUAAACCACGAAAUAAAAAAAACAAACAAAAAACGGGAUGAACAAUUCUUUCUUCCGUCCGCAAGUGCUUCCUCCGAGCUCUCUCGCGCGCCCGCACUCCCCGACGUUCCCCCCGCGACUGCUGACGAUCCGGGACCCGGCGGCCGACGCGUGCCUGCCCAGCUUCCGCACCGCCAGGCACCAGCAUCUCCCGCCGGAAUCUGAAGGACGCGGGCGGGAGGCGGAGGCUUCCGGAGUGGCAGAGCGCCUGACGAAGACAGUCCCCGGCUCCUCCUUCUUCCUCUUCGGCGCCGGGGAUCCUGCAGGACGGGGUCUGGUGGCCAGGAGGAAGGAGGUGGGAUGGUUCCGGCGCCCCGUGACCUACCACGCCCUCGCGCAUGACCUCGGAUCGGCGCCCACGGAGAGAUAUGGGCUCACGGGCGUGGGUGCCAUCCCCUACAUGAUGAACGUGAACGUGACCCUCGACUCGGCGGACGUGGCACUCGGGCGCCGCGUGGCCAGCGCCCUGAGGGCCACCUCGCCCGGGGGUCUGCCAGGAGUGCAGUCCAUGGCCUUCCCCCACGAAGGCAGGGUUGAGGUUGCAUGCAAUGUCGACCUGCUGCCUGCAAGCGAGGCGCCGGCGAGCCACUCGAUGAAGGCCUCCCUGGGUGGGCGGUAUUUCUACACGCCCCCGGAGCAGAUCGAGGCGCGGGUGCUCGAGGAGGCGGGCGGCGUGGGCGUGGUGGGAACGGCGCUGGUGGGAUUCAGCCCGGAGGAGGCGCGCGGGCUGGCUCUGCACGCCCUCGCCCACGCCCACGACGAGGCCUGGAGGGACGUGGCGAGGUGGAGGAGGAUGUGAUGCUGGAGAAGGAUUGGGCGUUGGGUCUUUUCUUUCUUUCUUUUCUUCUCCUCUUUAUCUUUCUCUCUCUCUUCUCUCGUUCUCUCUCUUUUUCUUUUCUUCUCCUCUUUAUCUUUCUCUCUUUUUCUU